AUGCAGCCAUAUUUCCAAUAUCUACCUAGUAUCAGGGAGAUGACUGACAGUCCACGAUAUAGGUUAGCACCACAUGAAGCAGAUGAUCUCGAUAUAAUCCUGCUUGGCCACUCUAUUGGAGGCACUCUUGCUGCCGGGGUCGCACUACUCCCUUCCCCGGUUGACUCUUUUCAGCACUCAAGAAAACAUCGAAUUAUGGGAUUGAUGAAUUUCGAUGUGCCAUUUCUGGGCCUCCAUCCAUCUGUGAUCUCCUCGGGCAUCCGAAGCCUGUUUCGCAAAAGUGAUGACAGGAAAGGAACUGUUGCCGAAAAGAGUCAAGGAUUAGAGGAAAUGGAAGAUUCUUAUUUCCCAAUCGUGACGAACCCCAACUUUGAUCCGAGUUUUGGGAAUGACGUACGACUUUUAAAGAGCAGCCGUUUCCUUGAUACCGUUCAAUUUUUCCACAAGAACAUGAACCACCUCCCGCGCUCUAUAUUCGACAGUGUGAUGUCGUACUACAAAUUUCCAGGCUAUUUGAAUAGACUGCCUCAUCUUCGUCGGCAGUACAAAGAAAUGAUGAGGUUGGAAGCAGCCGAUAACGGACCCAACAGAGUGCGAUUCGUGAACUAUUACACAGAAGCCACAGGCUACAAAAAGUCACCAACAAAGCGGAGCAGCCAAGCAGGGGGACACAAUAAUGAUCAGAAAAGCAAACUCGAAGCCUUGGCUGGCGAUUGUCAAUUUCCAAUACAGGAUGAGCUGAGCUCUUGUGCGAGCAAUGACGUUGCCAAAUCACAACCUUCGAAACACGAAGUCAAGCCUGACAAAAGAAACCCCCGAACAUUCGUGCUGAAACCGUCACACCACUGGAAAGACGGAGAUGAUUCUCUCUGGGAGCCUGUACAGAUGGAUAACAUGGAUGAGGUAUCAGCGCACCAGUCCAUCUUCCUCCCAGGCAGUAAUAUGUACGACAGACUUGUUGGCGAGGUUGUGAGUACUAUUCAGCUUUGGGUGCAGGAUAGCCUCAGUCUCAAUCUCCUUGAGAUGCCCGGACCAGAAGUAUCAUCAAGCUGA